AUGAGUACAGGAGAUUUCUUGAGUAAGGGUAUUGAGUUAGUUCAAAAGGCUAUUGAUUAUGAUACAGCGACACAAUAUGAGGAAGCAUACACAGCAUAUUAUAAUGGAUUAGAUUAUCUAAUGCUUGCAUUAAAGUAUGAAAAGAAUGCGAAAUCUAAAGAGUUAAUAAGAGCUAAAUUUACAGAGUAUUUAAAUAGAGCCGAGCAACUGAAACAACAUUUGGAAGCUAAUGAAAAGGGAAAGGAGGGUAGUGUCGGCACUAAUUCAUCCAGUAAUGGAGGUUCGAAGGAUGCUAAGAAGAUAUCUAAUGACGAAGAUAAUGAAGACAGUAAGAAGUUGAGAGGUGCACUUUCAGGAGCUAUUCUUUCAGAAAAGCCAAAUGUCAAAUGGGAGGAUGUUGCUGGUUUGGAAGGUGCGAAAGAAGCUUUGAAGGAAGCAGUUAUCCUACCCGUGAAAUUUCCUCAUCUAUUUAAGGGGAAUCGUAAACCAACUUCAGGUAUCCUGUUGUAUGGCCCUCCGGGGACAGGUAAAUCGUAUUUGGCCAAGGCAGUCGCCACUGAGGCAAAUUCCACUUUUUUCAGUGUUUCAUCGAGUGACUUGGUCUCUAAGUGGAUGGGUGAAUCUGAAAAAUUAGUGAAACAAUUGUUUACGAUGGCAAGAGAAAACAGUCCUUCUAUCAUCUUCAUCGAUGAGGUGGAUGCUUUGACAGGACAGAGAGGUGAAGGUGAAAGUGAAGCAAGCAGAAGAAUCAAGACAGAAUUAUUGGUACAGAUGAAUGGUGUCGGAAACGAAUCAAAUGGUGUGCUGGUCCUUGGGGCAACAAAUAUACCUUGGCAACUAGAUAGUGCUAUAAGAAGAAGAUUUGAAAGGAGAAUAUAUAUUCCACUACCUGAUUUAGCUGCAAGAACCAAAAUGUUUGAAAUUAACGUCGGCGACACACCAUGUGUAUUGACCAAAGAAGAUUAUAGAACUUUGGGCCAAAUGACGGAAGGUUAUUCAGGAAGUGAUAUAGCUGUUGCCGUUAAGGAUGCAUUAAUGCAACCAAUCAGAAAAAUUCAAGGUGCAACUCAUUUUAAAAAUGUAUCAGAUGAUGAUGAACACAAGAAGUUGACACCAUGUUCACCGGGAGAUAAAGAUGCCAUUGAGAUGAGUUGGACAGAUAUUGAGGCUGAUGAACUGCAAGAACCAGAACUGACCAUAAAGGAUUUCUUAAAGGCUAUAAAAACCACUAGACCUACAGUUAAUGAUGAAGAUUUGCAUAAGCAGGAACAAUUUACCAGAGAUUUUGGCCAAGAAGGUAAUUAA